CCACUUAAUCGACUUACUGCUGGCAAUUCUCGGGCUUUUAAUUUCUCUCGGUACCAAUUGAACUCUCCGAAACCCUUCAUUUGUACAGUAUACAUGCAGCGUAUACAGAUAAAUAAAUGACUAACCGCAUGGGAGUGUCGUCAUUUAUUACAGACAAACACACACUAUACGCGGAAAAUCUUAUCAAUGAACGGAGUAGAACGUUCUCAGUACAUUCAGUAUUUGCUCGGAAAUUACAUUAAGAACAUCUCGUCUUUUAAAGUCGUCUUUUCUCUGGCGGGAACGCGUUCAAUACCUGCUUAGUUAACACGUGGUCCAAUUCAUAAAGUUUGUUAUUAAGUUCCCCAAAACCGUAAGAAAAAUACUGCACAGUGGUCGAAUUUCUAAAAAUGACUGGAAAAUAUAUUUGAAAAUUUGGAGUCGCGUCAAGAAAUGGGUAGCGAAUCAAGAUAGUCAUUUGUCAUGGACAUUUUUCCGGGGUAAUUUUUAAAAUUCGACCACCGUGUGCCGUUACCAGUAAUCGUUUCUGCUAUUGACUACAACGUACCACGUAAUAUUUUAAAUUAAAACGGUGUUCUCGCGAGGAUGUUGACGUAGAGGAUGUGGUGGCUGCUGCUGUCGGAUUAUCGGCGCAAAUUUCAUUAAGUGAAUCAGGAAAAAUGUCGAGAAAUCACGGGGCCGCGAACAGUGUGACGUCGUGGCUGAACACGCUGAAACAUUCGAUCGAAUAUUAUGAAUUCGAAAAAGAGAAUUUCGGCCACCCAAGCAUGCCUACGGUCUACGAAGACGUAGAACCGAUCGAACCGGAAACGCCCUACAUGAACCUGUGGGAUUGUUCUACCAACUCCGUCGAAGAUCCGAUUGAGGAGUACAUUUUUCCUUUCGCCGACUUCGACUUGGAGGAUUUGGUGCUCGAAUCGUCGCGAUCUCUGAACUUGAAGUUCGCCAAAGAAUGUAGAAUAAGCGGCGUCUUUGAGGAAGGCGUGGUGGAGGAUUUGGAGGUGUCGAACCCGGUUCCGGAAACUUUGGAGGUCAACGAGGAAUUGGCGAUAUACGUGAAAGAGGAUUCGGUGUUUUGGAUCGAUCGGUUGCGGUUCGAGUGCGUGGACGAGGAACCCGACCUCAUGGAGGGACAGGAACUCCUCAAAUCGUUCAACCAAACGACGAAAGACAAGUUCGACAAGCCGUUGGAUAACAAAUUUCCAGUAGCAGACGAUGAGAACAUCGAGUUUAGAAGAAAACCAUCUAUUCAGAAGAAUCGCGUGUCGAAAACUACCGAUUUUGAUUUUAGACGCCGCAGGCUCACAAGUCCAAAUGAUGCGAAAAAUUUCGAGAUACGGGGACUCGUCAAAUUUCAACUGCCCAAUCAAAAAAUAAUUACAAAACUAAAUGAGGACUACAUAGCGUACGAAAACGAAAUCUUCUACAGAAUCAACUCCAAAAUGAAAACUAAGGAACUCAUAAAGAAGAACGUCGUUUUGAAGGGUGCCAGAUAUUUGAACAAAAACAAAGAGGUGGAGCUCAAAGAUACGUCAAACUUGGCAUACAUACUCUAUUUCGACUCGCUCAAAUAUGCCAAAGAGUUUAUGGAGAACGAGAAAAUUCAAAUUUACUUCAACAACGAGUCCAAGACUACCAUCAAGAAAACCCUUCUUAGGUUUUUGGGAAAGAGAUCUAGCAGGGAGAUUUUAGAGAAAAAAGGCAUCUAUAAAAACGAACCGAUAUUUGGCAAUACUCUGCGUGAUAUUUACUCAAAGUGCGGCACCGAAGUCCCUACGUUCAUUUACAGGACCAUCGAACUAAUAGAGAGACCGGAAAAUAUUAAGAGCCUUGGUCUAUACAGAACCUCGGGUAACUUGGCCACCAUUCAAAAAAUCCGUUUCGAAGUGGACAACGGCAGACUGGAGAUCCUGAGCCAAUUCACCAAGGACCCGGACGUAUUAACCGGUAGUUUGAAACUAUUUUUCCGGGAACUAAAGGAACCUCUAAUUCCGUUAGACGUCUCGGACAAGUUGCUGGAAAUUGCCAAACUAGAUCAAAGUAAACUAGGAACGAAAGAUUUGAACAAACUGCGAUCGAUACUCGUGAACGACCUCUGCCGCGCGAAUUUAAUCACCUUGUCGGUUAUGCUUAAACACCUGCUGGAAGUCGUAAAGUACAAAGACGAAAACAAAAUGGACGCGUACAACUUGGCCGUCUGCUGGGGGCCGUCGAUGGUGUUCGGCUGUCAUAACGGCGACCACACUCCCGAGUAUACUAGAGACAUCGUGACUCAGUCUCAGGACGCGACCAGGCUAGUGGAUUUUCUGCUCGGGUUUUAUGCCAGGUACCCGGGGGAAAUGGCAAGCCUGAGCAGAGGCGUCGAUACGUUGGAACCCAAAAGUCCCCUGCUCAGGCAGGAGUCGAAGGACAGCUUCAGUAGUUCGGAUAGUUCUUCCAAAGGACAGCGAAAAGACGCGAGCAACCUCAGCCUCAGCGUCGACGAAGGAGUGAGGAAAAUGAUAGAGCUGAUCGAAAGCGGUAUCGAGAGCGAGGGCUUGUACAAGAAGUCGGGCUCGGUCGAUCGGUCAAAUAAAAUCUUGAAGAAGAUCGUGAAAAAGAAGUUUUCGGAGACCGACAAGAAUAAGAACGAUAUUCACGACUUGACGGACGCGUUGAAACGAUACCUGAGGGAGUCCGGCGAAGUGCUCGUUACGAAAGAGGCGGUGGAGCAAGUACUAUUCAUUUCUGGUGAUAAUAAACAGGUCGAUUUGGAUGUCCUAUCGCGAAGAAAAAUCUGGUCGAUAAUCGAAGACACUCCCAAAAAAGACACCUUAAUCUACAUCCUAAGACACCUCGCCAAAGUUGUCGAUCACCAACCGCAACACAAAGUGACCAAAACCGAUAUAAUCAACAUAUGGACCAAAGUCCUCAAUUAUCGCCAGAAAGUUCACAAGUCCGACGAUCACUUUUCCAGAUUUUUGACGAUAUCUGUCGAGACCUUCGCCGAAGGUUACCAGCUACCCUUACCUGACGUGGUUAGGCAAAGUUUCGGCAACUCCGCGCAGAAAAGCGGCAACAUGACGGAACUUUUGAAAGACCUAAAAAGUCACCAGGAGCGCGACCGAUUUAGUCGGUACGAUAACGUAGACAGUGACGUAGUAGGCGAGGCGUCGAUACUCGACGACAAGACUGAACGGACCAAAUUGUGACCGACGCUCUGUAUUUCCGGGCAAUAUUUUGUGAUACGUUGAUUAGAGGCGUCCCAAGGCGGCUCGAAGGAUCGAGUGCCGCCGUGCUUGGUUUUCUUAUUCUUAUUUCUGUUUAGUUACCUCCUUCUUCUAGUCGAGAAUAAGACAAUUUGGCGCGAAAAAUAAUGUUUUUUUACUCCACUUUUUUGUAUAUACCUAAAUGAAUGUGUAGUUUUAUCGAUAAGCAGACAAUACUCUCUGUACAUAAAUCGCAAAUAUAGACAUUCCACUUUAUAUUUUUUUGAAAUUCCUCUUAACCUUCAAAACGAAAAAAAAAAUCCAAGGGGGCCAAAUAAAGGUGUUAUAAGUCGGAAACCAUUGGACAUUGACACUAAAAAAAAUUAUUUCUAAAAUGCUCAAAAUAAGUUCGUGGAAAAUACAUUUAGGAUUCCCAAGCGGCGUAACUACCAUUUUAUAUUUUUUAUCGAACUCACAAAUUGAAAACCUGACUUAUGUGGAU